CUAUCCAAAAUCCACUACUCCCAAAAAGUUCAAUUACUCCAUAAUAAAAUUCAAAAUUUCCAUUGCACAUCCACAUUCUCUAUUUAAGUAAACACAAUACUCCGUAGGAAUUAGGAAAGGCAGCACCUUAAAACACUCCAUACCUGAUUUCUAAAACAAGAUCAGAAAAACCUCUCAAAAUGUUCAACACCAACAUCCAAAUGCCUACUGUUAAAACGAUAAUCUCCACAGCUACCUCUGCCGCUGCAGCCGCUAUGCUGAUACGUAGCAUUGCUAGAGAUAACGUACCCAUUGAAUUUCAAGACUACAUUUCCAAUAAACUCAGGGCUCUCUUUGCUUCUAUCUCCUCAGAGGUAACCAUAAUCAUCAGUGAAGUUGAUGGAAUGGUUAAAAACCAGCUUUUUUAUGCUGCAGACCUUUAUUUGGGCACCAAACUCUCUGCAUUAACCCACAGGUUCCGAGCCACCUUGCCUAUCAAAGAGUCGAAUAUCCAAUUUUCCAUGGAUAAAAAUCAAGAAGUGGUUGACAUAUUCAAUGGAGUCAAGCUCACUUGGAAAAAAGUGACUAAACAGGUGAAAACAAAGAGAUUCAACGAAGAGAAUCAUGAGAUCCAAUAUUACAACUUGUGUUUUCACAAGAAGCACAAAGAUAUGGUUUUCACCACCUACUUCCAGCACAUCCUAGAACAAGCACAGGUGGUCAAAAAACAGAAAAGGACCCCAAAGCUGCACACACUGGAUUCUGAGAUAAUGCAUAUAACCACGGGGACGGUUUGGCAAUCUGUAAAUCUAGAUCACCCAGCAAAUUUUGGCACUUUAGCCAUGGACAUGGAGAUGAAGAAGAUGAUAAUGGAGGAUUUGGACAGGUUUUUGAAGAGGAAAGAUUUCUACAGAAAAGUUGGGAAGGCAUGGAAACGUGGAUACUUGCUGUUUGGACCUCCGGGUACAGGAAAAUCUAGUCUGAUCGCAGCCAUGGCUAAUUAUCUAAAUUUUGAUAUAUAUGAUCUAGAGCUGACUGAUAUUGGGAGAAACUCUGACCUAAGGAGACUACUGAUAGCAACAGCUAAUAGAUCGAUACUCGUGGUGGAAGACAUUGACUGCUCUAUCGACUUACAGAAGAAGAUGAAGGCACACCAGAGAAACUUUCAAGUUUUAUAUUCUCAACAAGGGAAUGAGAUGACCUUAUCAGGCUUGCUUAAUUUCAUGGACGGGUUAUGGUCAAGCUGUGGAGAUGAGAGGAUCAUUGUGUUCACAACCAACCACAAAGACAGACUUGAUCCAGCGCUCUUGCGACCAGGAAGGAUGGAUUUGCAUAUCCACAUGUCCUAUUGCACCCAAUCUGCACUCAGAACACUGUCUUCAAAUUACCUUGGCAUCACAGAGCACCUACUUUUGACGAAAAUUGAACAACAGGUGCAGGAAACAAAGGUCACCCCUGCAGAAGUAGGUGAACAGCUGAUGAAAAGUGAAAAUUCAGAGGAGGCAUUGAGAAUGCUAAUGAAUUUCAUUGCUGAGAAAAAGAAAAAUGAGAAUCUCAGAAGCACUCAGCAGAAGGAGGUAGCUGAAGUAGGAAGUAAGGAGUUUGAAGAGAUCAAGGGUUCAAAUACCGAAUUAGGAAUUAUAUGUUCCAGAUAGUACACAAGCUAUGACCCUCUAAGGAAAUGUAAUGGUAGUAUGGGACUUCAUCUUGCAAUAAUUAUCUAGUGUAUUAAUUUUACAACUUCU